CCUUCGAUAUAACCAGGAUAUUAAAAACUUAAGAGGCCAGUGUUACGACGGGGCUAAAAAUAUGAGUGCCUGUUCAUCUGGUCUAAAGGUUCGCAUAAAAGAAGUAGAUUCUAGAGCUUUUUUUGUGCUAUGCAGUCCACAUAAUUUGAACCUUGCUGUUCAAGAUUCAAUGGAAGAUGUACAAUGUGCUCGAAGUUUCAUCGGUGUCACAAAACACAUGAUAAAUUUUAUACGCGAUUCGCCAAAGAGACUUGCUUGGUUCCGACACUUACAGUCUACAGAAAGCCCUCAAUUAUCUCAAUUUUGUCCAAUAAGGUGGUGUUUGAGAAUAAAUUUUCGCCUGACAAUUCAUGCCGAAGAAAAUUAAGCAGCUGCCAUGACAGCAGGGUUCCUUAAACAACUCCAGAGUUUUGGGUUCUACUUUUUGCUUACCGUAAUGAUUGAAAUCUUCCACACAGUCGAAGUACUGAAUAAGGAUUUGUGGAUGUACAAAGCAUCUGGAUUUAGAAGAACCCGAAGUACCUCGAUAACGAAAAGGUUCACAACGGUUGGAAACGGAAGGCAGUUCACAUAUAUUUUCUACCUCUGAGAGCUACUACAGGAAACCAUUUUUCGAAAUUUAUGAUCAGGUCUUAAGCUCGAUAAAUAUUCGCUUUACAUCUGAAACAAUGGAACUUCUGAACUCAUUUGAAAACUUUGUGAUUGGUCAGGAAGGCUCUAGUGUUGAUGAGAUUAUAAGAUUUUAUAAAGAGGAUGAUUUCGACCCAACGAAACUACAUUUACACCGUGAUAUAUUUUCAUACAUAAUUGCAGUAACAAAUGUGAAACUCGAGUGCCUGAAGGACGUAGUUACUUUUUAAAAUGAUAAUGUUGAGAUUGGUAGUCUUCUUAUAGAGUGCAAAAAACUGAUAAAAGUUUCUAUUAACCAUUCCUACUAGCACUUGUACGAAUGAGCGCUCAUUCUCUGC